CAGCUGAGCUCCGCUACGCUUGGCUCCUCUGCAGGGCUGCGCAGCUACUGACUGACAGAGAGAUGAGGGGUGGGGACGCAGGGUGGGGUCACAAGCAGGGAGAGGCGGAGGAGGAAAAGGCAGAGAGAGAGAGCCCAGCCCUUGAAUACACGGCAACAACACGCCGACAGAGAGAGAGAGGGAGAGACACACAUACAGAGACUGGCUGUUUUUUGGGGGGAGCAAAGGGAGCCUUCGACGCUGCGGACAUGAACUGAAAAAGAAACACUAGAAGAGGCAGGGAUCGUGUUCCUAUAUCCCGAAAAUUUACUGUGAAGGUGGAAAAAUAGCCCCCCCAAAAACCCUUCCUCUCUCCCUUACAGUUCUUAUCCAGAUAGAGCUACACCCAAAGCCCCGACCGACCCCCUCCUGCUCUUGCUGCUCCACCCCUCCGCCGCUGCACCGCUCCGGCAACCGAGAUGCACACGGAGACCCCUAACAAGACAUGCCAGUCGAAUCCUAAGCAGAAGAAGAGUGCUGCCGGUGCCCAGAAGAAGACGAGGAGCCCGGCCAAGCAGAGCACAAUGACCCAACAUCAACAACAACCACCGCCGUUGUCAUCGCCGCCGCCGCCAGAAGAGGAGAAGAAGGAGGAGGAGGAGCCGACGACAAGGCCUCGGCGACGGCGGGAGGAAGUGGCGACCAAGUCUGUGAAAGAAGAGGAGGAGGAGGAGAAGAAAGAGGGCGAGACAGACAUGCCCUCUGUACAGAUCAAACCAGAGCCAGAGGAGAUGGAGUGCACGUCGACUCCCAAGCAGAAGAAGAGUGCUGCCGGAGCCCAGAAGAAGCAGAGAAGCCCGGCCAAGCAGAGCACCCUGAGCCAACAACAAAAGCAACAACAACAACAACAACCAUCACCGUUGUCAUCACCGCCGCCAGAAGAGGAGAAGGAGGAGGAUGCGGAGACGAGGCCUCGACGACGGCAGGAGGAGGACGGAGGCGAGGAGGAGUGGGAGGACGUGGCGACCAAGUCUGUGAAAGAGAAGGCGAAGGAGGGAGAGACAGACAUGCCCUCUGUACAGAUCAAACCAGAGCCAGAGGAGAUGGAGUGCACGGCGGAUACAGGUGAAGACUGCUCACAACCGACAGAUCUAAAGGUGAAGACAGAGUUGGCAAGUUGUAAGACGGAGCCCUCUUUGCCCCAGCCAUGCCCUGCAGAGGACCAAACCGAACCAGUUGACUUGUCACUCAACAAGCCCCGCUCCUCUUCGCUCCCCACUUCUACGACAAACACCACAGUCAAUCCGGCGCCCAGUGGUAUUGUGACCCAGCCCAGCCUGUCGGCCACACCGGUCCACACCACGGUACAAUCGAUAGGCUCCAUGGUCCUCUCUCCAGGUUCCAUCUUGGCCACGCAGGGCGCCGGCGGCCAGCAGAUCCUCCACGUCAUCCACACCAUCCCCUCUGUCAGCAUGCCCAGCAAGGUGGGCCAGCUACAGACCAUCCCAGUGGUGGUGCAAUCUUUACCUGUUGUGUACACAACCAUGCCUACAGACGGCGUUGCAACAGCAGCCAUUACAGUACCGCUCAUCGGCAGCGACGGGCGCUCAGAAGGAUCUGUUCGAAUUAAGCCAGGUUCAACGUCUCCGGUGGAGUAUCAGAGUGAAAGCGACGCAGAGAGCGGUACGGAGUCUGGAUCGGCCUCCCUUAGCGCCCAGAGCCUCUACUCAGGAUCUGUUAUGGACUUGGAGCCAGUCGAUCCAGAUUCACCAGACAUCAAGAGGAGGCGGAUCCACAUGUGUGACUAUGAAGGCUGUAAAAAAGUUUACACCAAGAGUUCCCACCUCAAAGCCCACAGAAGGAUACACACAGGAGAGAAGCCCUACCACUGUACCUGGGAGGGCUGCACCUGGCGCUUUGCCCGCUCUGACGAGUUGACCCGACACUUCCGCAAGCACACAGGAAUCAAACCUUUCCGCUGCACCGAGUGCGACCGCUCCUUCUCCCGGUCCGACCACCUCUCUCUGCACCGCCGCCGCCACGUCAUGAUGUGAACUCUGACCUCCCUCCUACCCCUCCCAUCCCAAACACCCACAAACUCCUCAUCAACCUUCCCUACACACCGACCUCUUGACCCUCUCAAAGUCCCUCACAGCACAUCUUGUACCAGUUGGCCCCACUAUAUUUCCCCUCUUCUCCUCUGCUGCCUCUCACCUCCCACAGGAUGUUAACCCUCAUCAGCAGAUAUCAUCUUCUUCUUCCUCCUCUUCCUCAUGUUGAAAUCACAGGAACAUCAAGAAUGUGUCUGUGUGUUGUGUGUGUGUGUGUGUGUGUGUGUGUGUGUGUGUGUGUGUGUGUGUGUGUGUGUGUAUGUGCAGUGGAGGUGACAGGAUUUUAACUGUGUGUGUUUCAACACAUAAUCAUCAUUACCGUCCACCCAACUACCCACCCCCACCAUCUUUCAACUCAAUCCCAAGCCCUCACAGAACACGUCCCCUCCUCAGAAAGAGAAGGAUGGACAGAUGGACCUCAAACAGCAGGGACGUUCAUCCAUCCAUCACAUGCAUCCAUCCAUCCAUCUGGAGCAGAGGAGGAAGAUGAAGGGACAAGAGGAGGAAUGAUGUGUGUAUUGUUUCUAAACUUACAUGAGAAGGAGAAUAUUAAGCCGGAUGUCACUUCAGCUGCUCUUUUCUUUUUAACAAUAUUAAUUCUGUACAUAUCCAGAGUUGGAAAGUGAUGCAACUCCAAUCCUAGAUAAAAUGUUUAGAUAAAACGACUCAAUAACCCUUUUCCACAUAGGAGCAUUUCUUGGAACUUUUUAUUAGGAACACAGGAACUUUACCUUUCUGUCUGACUCUACUGUUUUGACCGGAGGAACCUGGCAAAAUUGGUAAAUUUUGAUCUAAAUCAGGAGCUUCGUGAUCUAAGACAAACAAAAUAUGAAUGCAAAUCUCACCAGACCUUCCAGUUUCUAAACACUGGUACUUGAAAGUUCUUGAUACUUGUUCAGUGCUAUUGGCACAUUUUGGUUGGUACCACAAAAGAAGUAGUAGAGUAUUUAUGUUGAUACCCUACCUAAAUCCUGGGCCAUAGAUCCUGACCUCCAAAAUGUCUUCUCUAAGGGACAAGGAACUAUCUGGGUGGCACAGAAAUUUAAAAAAAACAACAAACUCAGCAGAUGUUUUAAGCCUCCCUUUCCACCUCUGCACGUCUCCUUGUUCAAACAUCAUGGUUGUGCUACUGUAAACUACGAAGUACAUCGCAAUGACUGAAAGUAAUUUUGCACAUGUCAAACCACAACACAAAGGUACUUUUAGUUCCUGUUAUUCUUUGGUUCCUGCUAACAAAGCCUAACGCAACUAGAAACAAGGUUGGAUUAUAUAAAUUUGUAAUCACAACUUUUAGAUGAGGCAUUUACUAAACUCUUAUAGAUUUUUUGAAAGGAUAGACUUCCCAACCUUGUGCAUAUCAGUGUAUGAAUCUGUACAUGUGUGUGUGUGAAUGUAGUGAGCAGCUGAAGUGACAUCAAACACACAUUUCCUCCAAACAUCUGUCUGAGGUUAAGAAAAAGUAGUUUAUUUUCCUGACUCCUACAUCUACCCCAAAACCUUUCAACCCCACCCCCAUCCCCACCCCAACCCCCAUCCCAACCCCUGGUUCAAGGAGCUUCAAGACUGUGAACUUUAUAAAGAUUCAUUUGUUUUCAUUGUAUCAAUCACAUUAUUGUUAUUUGCGUGUUCUCCCCCCCCUGCACAGACCUUUCUGACUUGUUCUUCGAUAACAGUAUUUGCUUUUUAUGCGUCGUUGUUGCUGUUGUUUUAUGAAAUAAGGCCUUCAGUUUUUUCUCUUUUUUUCUCUCACCCCUCUUUGCCAGAUUUGGCGCUCUUAACAAAAAAUAGCAUUUUGAAAAGAAAAAAAAGAUUUCAGAUCCUUUGGUUGUGUUCUGAGGCUGUGAAAAAAGCAGAGGAGACACAAGUAGUUUGAGAUUACAAGUAAAACUCUCGCGCAGGGAAUAGGGGGACUUUUCUGAGUGUGUGUUUUUUGCGCGUGUUGUUCGUGUGCGUGUCUGCGAGUGAGUGUGCAUGUUUUGAGACAAACACAUAAUCAGAAUUUAAGAUUUUUAUGAGUGUGUGUUCCGGGCACUUGUUGUUCUUUUACCUCUUGCCCGUUGAGCCUUAAUAACUGAAGUCAAUCUGUAAAGGGCGAAACCAGAACCACUGACAGAGGGCGGUUGGCCAAAGAAGCUACUUUCCGAGACACUGACCAACUCGAUCUUAGCAGUGUUGGCUUGUUUCUUUCUUUGUUUAAGUGGAAAAGAUGGUUUUAACGUACAGAGAAGCCUCUAAAGUGCUAUUUAAGUAGUCAAAUACUCAAUAUUGGGAGGUUUGGCCAGGAAAUCUGUUGAAUUGCUGCACAGCACAAAUCAGGAAGAGGGCGCUGUUCCUCCAGCGCAAGCAGAUUUAAGGGGCUUUGACAAUAGCAGAGGGGGGAAAAAAUCACUGCUUCUUUAAAGUUAAGUAAAGAAAAUGUGAUCUUAAUUCUGAGAAAUUCUAGCAGUGACAAUAUCACCACUGUCUAAUUUGUUUACACCACAAAUUAUUUGACAGUUUGAUUUCUAAAAAUGCUACCUGUAACCUGUAAUAGAAACAGAAACAGACACAUCAGCCACUUUUUGCCAUAAUGCUAAAACAACCAACAUUGUACCGAUGGAGCCAACAUGGCUGCCACUGAUAGCGACACAGUGGCCAGGCCCUCUGUCAGUGGUUCUGGGAGAAACCAGGCACUGUGUCGGGCUGUCAGGGUCUGUGGUGCCAGGGUUUAAAACAAGGGGGAACUAAGCUCUCUCCUCACUAGCAUUUCUAUACGGGUGAGGGGGUCAAUUCUCUUUCGACUGAGCUUGUUUUCCAUUGUGGUAGAACUUAAUUUAAUGCCUCAAAAACUAACUACCAAUACAUGUUUAAUACAUGUUUUUCUGCCUUUUCCAUAAAGUUAGGUGUCUAAAACCUUUCUGGCAUAACUCCCCAACCUUUACUGAACCAAAUCUAAUCAGAAAACGUCUCAAACUAAAUUUUUAAAAAAAUAUUUAGGCAGUUGGAACAGAAUUGACCCGCCUUUGACCCUGUUCUGUAACCCACAGUGUCCAUGUCUUAAGUGGGCUGUUUUUCAGCACCUGAUCUGGGCUGAACUUGAUUAUGCAACAUAACACGACCUCGCUUCAAGCGCUGUUCUGAACUCAGUAGUAGAGCAUUAUAGCUGGUAGUUGUACUGCUGAUAUGCAGCUCACAUAGGUUGUAACAAAGAACCUUAAAAAGGGAGGUCAGGAUGUGUAGAAGCCUGUGCUGUUGACCACUGAAUAAAGCGCCCACAUAAAACACUCUGAAGCAAAAAGACAGACAGGAACUCAUGUGUUGUGAUGUCUUAAACGAGGGUAUGUGAUCAAUGGAACAAUAAUCUUUUUAUAAUCCUGAUGUGUCCCUUUACAAAAUAAAAAAGUAAUGGCAGAAGAUAUUUUACUUUAAAGAAAAAAUAGGGAGUGCUGCACCGGGUCAAGAAACAGUGUUGGUGAAGUAAAAAUGUAGGCACUCUUCCAAGUAUAGGGCAAAUAGUCGAUUAAGAAUAAAGAAGGCUUGGACAGACUUUUUGCUGGGCGGCGGCGCUGUUCUGGUUAGCAAUUCGGAGUUGUUGUUGUGGUCAUUUUGAACGCUGGCAAAAUGUUAGACUUUUCAUAGAGCUGAGAUGGACGUGCAGGCUUCCUGUCAGCUGACUGCAUGCCAUGAACAGGGCAGAUUGUUAUAUGGUCUGCACACUGCAAAAUAAUCCCUCUUAGCAAGUAACUGAAUCUGGUUCGAGACUUUGAUAUCGUAUUUUUCAUAAAUAAGAUCAGGCUAAUUGAAAGAUAUUGCCACUCAUAUCAAUAAAAGUCUAGGAAAUGUUUUUUUUCUCCAUCAUAUUGAGAAUCUGAACUAAAUUCAGUCACUUGUUUUGAAGGAUUUUUCCUUUUUUUGCAGUGCUGAGCAAUGCAAUGUUCCCAUUUCUCUUAACAUCCCCCUCUGCUUCAACUAAAAAAAAAAAAGUUACUAAGCACAUCUUUCUAGAAGAGUAUAUGCAUUUGAUUGCAAUUUUCUUUCUUUUGUAAACUGUUGAUAAAGACAUUAAGGACAAUGACAAAUGAUUAAGAGAAAUCCAUGUACAUAAAUGUAUAUAAUCAAAAAGUGCAGAGUAAAUGUAACGGGUGAAUUUCUAUUUUUAACACUGACUAGAUAAUGUGAAAAAAACAUUUUUUUCUCCUUCCUCCUCUGUUGGUUUGAUGAAAUGUGUUCAUCAUGUGUUCUUCUUUUCAAAUCUAACAAUACAUUUGUUUUGUAGUUUCUUUAAAAAAAAAAAUGGUCCCACUUGUGUUGUGCACACUUGUGUUGCAUGGAGAGUAGCCUUCUUGUUUUCUUAUAGUGACGUUGGUGAGCAUGUCAGUGUGUGUGAGACAGUGGGGUUCCCUUAACAUUAAAGACCCAAGGAAAAAUAAAACACCUCACUGAGAAAUCAUGUUAAAGAAUUAAUAACUAAAUCCAUUUAUUACAACAGAGCUUGACAUUUCUGCACUGCACCUGAUUAAAAUAUGACUAAAACCAGUCAGUUAAAUGCAAUAUUUAGCAGGUUUGGGUCAGAAAACAUUUUUUACUCCCAUCUUCAGGUGUUCAGACAGAACAUUUCAGGUCAGAUAGGGCUAAAGUAUCAAUGUUUUUGGCUAUUUUUGGUAAACUGACAUGAGUAGAUUUCCCAAUUCACUCCUGACUCAUAGCGGAUUGAUUAUUUUGAAUAGUUACAAUAGUAGUAGAUUCAAACGUAUCCAACCUGUAUUACAUCUUCUAUUACACGAAACAAGAAAUAAUCCAUAGUUGCCUACAGAAAACCAGCUUGCUAUUAUUUUAUUGCAGCCGAGUUUAAGCAGUCAAGUUCCCAAAUAAAAUAUAGACAAAUUAUGCUAGUAUCUUUUCUCCCAUUUGAAAUUCAAACAUUAACAAACAUUAGCACGCGUCAUUGGUUGGGUAGAUAAUUCACUCAGGUGUCCAUGCUAAAAUUUUUGCGUGCUAACAUUGUAAGAUAAAUGAGUAUCGACGGCUAUACUGAUAAAAGAUGUUUUUUUAAAAGUUAGCUCUCAACACUUAACAUAUGCCAUGAGGCCUUGAACAUCUGCCAGUGGUUAAAAUUCCUGGGAUAUGUUCUUGUCGUUGAAUGCUAACAAAAUAAAUAUUGAUAUAACUACGUUAAAAUAAAAGGGUGUUGGCAUUAACCAAUCCAGUAUGGUUGUAGAUACCCAUUUAUCUCAGAAGACGGACAGAGCUUUGUCGAAACAUUGACGUUAAAGUCCCGCUUUGUGAAAACGCACUGAAGCUAACUGAGCAGAAGCUAGCAAGAGACAUGACAGGACUUGAGCUCUAAAUAGUUUUAAGUUUGUUUAAUAAACUAUAGAACAGCUUAUAUUUACUUUUCCUACCCAAAACAAUCAGUUCAUCCACAAAUUAAAAAACUUCUACUUUACCUCUAGUCAUAUGUAGCGACGCAAUGUAGACUAGCUUUGGUGUUAUUUACUCGGGUUUUGAGAAAUCUGUUAAGAACAAUAUAUAAUGAAGGUGAAUGGAAUUUGUGGUUUCUUUAAAAAAAAAACAUUAGCAACAACAUCACCUUAACCAGUUUGUCAAAACAAUUGGAAGUCAAGGUCCAUUUGCUAGCUUUUUCCACCCCAAACUUUCAACUAAUUGCAAUCUGAUAGUAGCCUAAUCCCCGUCUCUGUUCAAAGAUGGUGUUUGGAAGUGGAAAAGAAUGACCUCUUGAGCUUUCCCACUUUUUCUUCGAUUGAGCACCAAUGAAAACUCAAGACAGUAUCUGUGGGAAAGACACACAGUCAAUGUUUCAAUCUUUUGAGCACCACAACUUGAAUUCCAUACACCUCCAUUAUACUUUGAUAGAGGCAGAAAUCAGAGACAUAUAUUUCAAAACACAGAAAAAAAUAAAACCAAAGCUGUGCGACUAGAUUCAAAAUGUUUGUAUUCAACAAAAUAAAUCCAAGGCCCCUUUUAUUUAUAGGAACAUGUACCACACGCCCAUAACACAUAUGUGUGAUUAUGUAAAUGAACAUGAUAUUGAUCCACUGCUUUACAAGCACACUGAUCAGCUCUGGCGAUCAUCAUAGCAGCUAACUCGGUAAACACACACAUACUUAAGCCUUCAGUGUCAAAAGGAGGACAGUGAGUUAUUACAUUUCAGAGCCUGUUGAUGACCCUAACAAAGCCUUUUCACCUGGUUUUAGAGUUAGAGCUGGGAGACUGAUGCAUGUGUACGUGUUUUUCCUGCUUCUUUGUUGGUUUUUCGCCAUUUGUGCAAGCUUGUUUUACUCUGUACUCUUCUAAAUCUUCUGUUCGUGUGCAAAGCAGGACACUGAAACAUUUGAAAGAUUUUGUAUCCUUGCUUAAACUUUAACCUGGGAUAGAGCUCAUGUGUAAGGGUGACGUCACUGACCGUGUCCGUCGGUGUGCGAGUGCCUCGACUCACCACAAAUCAUUUCCUCUGCAAAAUCAGAACUUUUAGGUAUUUUCUAUUGAAUGCAGUAACUUAUGGGCCAGUACUAUAUUUACUCAGUGCAAUGCAGUUAUCAUUAUAAUAAUAAAAUUAUUAAUAAUAUGUUUUCUUUCUUUUUAUUUUGUAUUUGUACAGAACAAAUGUGUAAAGAUCAGUGAGGAAAACGUGAGCUUUUUGAUACUGUGACUCAUAGUGUUGAAAAGUCAGUUUCUCCCUGUACAGUUGUGAUUUAUCCCCCCUUCCUCCCUUCUUCUUUUAUAGAAUAAAAAAUGUUUUU